CGUAUCCCCACCAGCUGCCCUGCCCCAUGCGGAAGUGGAUCGUCCUAUCUUCACUGAGCGGAUUUCACAGCGAUGUAUUAAUAGAAUGUAAAGAGUCUCAAACAUUAGGUCCUAGAUUGGACUCAUAAGAUCGAUAACAAAUUGGAUCAUGAGAGGUCAAGUAGAGCACGUGAACAUGAUUUUGACGGCGUGUUUGGCGGCUGUGUUUCUGAACUGUGCGGUCCAAGGCGCUAAGAAGAAGGACGGCGGAGACGACGAAUGGGUCCAUCUUCCGAACAAGUGUGAAGUGUGUAAGUUUGUCAGUAUAGAGAUGAAGUCAGCGUUUGAGGAGACAGGGAAGACCAAGGAAGUGAUUGACACCAACUACCGCUUCAUGGACACCAAGAACACGGCGCCCAUCAAAUAUGUCAAAUCUGACCUGCGCUUCAUCGAGGUGGUGGAGAACGUGUGUCAGCGUCUCAUGGAGUACAGUCUGCACAAGGAGCGCCAGGGCAGCAACCGCUUUGCCAAGGGUAUGUCAGAGACCUUCUCCACCCUUCAUGGGCUGGUGAAUAAGGGGGUGCAGGUUGUCAUGGAUAUUCCCUAUGAGCUCUGGAACGAGACGUCCGCCGAGGUCGCUGACCUCAAGAAACAGUGUGAUGUGAUGGUGGAGCGGUAUGAGGACGUGAUUGAGGACUGGUACAAGGGCACCCAGGAGGAGGAUCUGACCACCUACCUGUGUGAGAAACACGUUCUGCAAGAACAGGACCGAGCCUGCCUGGCGGAGGAGUGGAAGCCCGAGAAGAAGGGAGACCCGGCCGCCCUGGCGGAGGACAAGAAGAGGAAGAACAGGAAGGGAGCGAAGAAGGGGAAGGGCAAGGACAGCUCGGAGCGGGAGGCUCCCGCCAAGAAGAAGAAGGAGAAGAAGGAGAAGAAGGAGAAGAAGGGGAAGAAGAAGAGGAGCAAGGCGCCGGUGGACCGCGCGGAGGACAACGAGGGGGAGAGGCUGUUGUCCGAGCAAGGUGUCCAGGCCACGGAGCCUCUUCCAGGGCAGAAGACCGAGCUGUAAGCCUGUCUCCGGAGCAGUGCUCCGCUGCCACCACCAGCCUGUGUGUGAGGAGUGGUGUGUGAGGGUGGAGGUCGACCAGGCGGACGCAGUGUGGGCUCCACCUUUCAGGAUCAUUUGACAUCUUCUCUCAACUUCUCUUCCUUGUUGUUGUUUUUUUACCUUUUACAAAAAGAACAAAAAGAAAAAUAUUGUUUUUUUCUGUCAGUAUUUCCAUUUUUUUUUUUUACAAUUUCCUUAUUUUCUUUGCCAUUCAUUCUUUAAUAUCUUCUUUAAAGUGGCAGUCUCGGACAUCUCCAAAGAUUUUAUUUCAAAUAAAUGACGGUUGGAUCACUAUCUAGCGCCGAAUGAGGUAACACAAUGGUGAUGAGUCUACAUGUCCCACCGGUGAAAUACUAUGAAUGUUACGCACUGAGGGGACGUAGCGACGUUCUCUCAAUGCAUUCAAAUCCCAGGAGGCGUGUAGUGAGUGAUGUGUUUCCCACCCCCAGCAGAGGUUGGUUUACCAGGGAGUUUAGGCGGAGCUACCACAACAGACUCUCUCUUCAAUUCCCUAGUGUGUGGAGGGGUGGUGUUUUUAGCACCGAACAGAGAUGUUUGAGAUUGCAACUUGAGGAAGAAGACCCAGAUUGUGUGUUUUGUUCUCUGCUGUAAACUCGAACUCUGCUCUUAUCGUAAUGUGAAAUGUGUGUGUGUGUGUGUGUGUGUGUGUGUGUGUGUGUGUGUGUGUGUGUGUGUGUGUGUGUGUGUGUGUGUGUGUGUGUGUGUGUGCGCGUGUGUGCCCAAGGUACUGUGUGAUUGCUGAACUAUUUGCAUAUUUGUUUGUGUUUGUUUGGGCAUGUUUUAAUUUUUUUUUUCGUUUUGAGCUUCUGGCCCAGAUUACAUUUUUUAUGCAACAGUGAAGGAGUCAAGCGUUUUUCACAAAACAUCAUGAAGUCGUCACCCCUGGAAUCAUCGUCCCUCGCCAGAUUAACUAAGACAUCACACACCCUCCCUCUGCAAUAUCAUGGCCUGCUUUUCUACGACUACUACAUCCAAGGGAAUGUUUGAUAUAUGUGUUGAGGAUUUAGAAAUUCUAAGUAUUGAUCACCUGUUUGUGUUCAAGAAAUUAUUUCAUGAUUGAUUGUACAGCAGGCCAUGCUGCUUUUAUGUUGGUGUGUGUGUCGUGUUUUUGUAGCCAUAAAUGAUCCAAUGUAAUGCAAGAGUGUGUUAAUAAAGGUUGGGUUUCCGAUUUGAA